UAUUUCUGCUGAGUUGUAUCCUUUUCUGGAAAUGUGAUCAUCUUGUGACAAAGUAUAUGUCAUCUCCCACAGCAUCUCAGGAGAACCUGGUUUUUAUUCAAGAUGCUAUUCCAAAUCUUAGGAUUUCAAUUUGCAGAGAGUUCCUUGUUUCUCAAUGUAAAAACAAAACUGUUUCCAAUGAGCUUGUAUGUGUUUGGAGUAGCAGCAGUAUCCCCAGCUAUACCUUAAAUGGGUCUGAAACCUUGAUUGAGUUUUUAAACAUGUCAGACACUAAAUAUCUUGUGUCUGAUCUUGUGGAGAGUAUUGAUGUAAUGGAUAAGAACAGUUCAACCUGGAGAACAGCGUAUUCACAUAAAAUUGCUACGAACAACUCAGAUUUCAGAACUGAAAUGUUUCCCUUCGAGGACCAAUCAACCCUGCUUUGCCACACUUGGAACCAGAAUAUCUCCUCACUGUCAAAUUUUAGAGUGAAACCAUUUUCAGAAAUUGGUAAUGUCUUGAUAUAUUUUCACAAUUCUGGUGAAUUUCUGCGCAAGAAACUUCGAAGUGAAAUGAAUACUUUUCCCAGUAUCAAUUACAUAAUGCAAGUUGAGCUUGAAAUCUCCAUCAGUAAGAUGUUAUCAAUGGAGGAAAUAAAAUGUGGAAAAGAGACUUACUCUUAUGAUUCUUGCAUCCUAAACAGCAAUCUUGAAACAAUGGAAGAAAAAUGCAUCCCCCCAUUUGCUGUACUCAACCAAACUGGCGUUGAAUCUUUGUGCACCAAUUUUACAGAUGGGGAGGAGGCUUUAACUGUCUUUCAAAAAUCCCCUAAAACCUGUAAACCAUCCUGCUUUGAAACAGUGGUAAAGUUAAAUAUGGUCCCAGUUGAUGUACUUUUCCCAACCCUUAAUCCUAACUCUCCAUCCAGUACAUCUUUUACUGGAUAUCUAUUUCGAGUCCCAACCAAAGUUGUAUCUUCCACGAUAUUUGGGACUUACACGAUUGUUACUUUAAUUGCGGAGUUUGGUGGGUGGAUGGGAUUACUCUUAGGCUUAUCUCUUCUUGGAGUUAUGAACCACUGGUGGGAUAAGUGUAGUGAUGAGUUGGAAUUUUCUAAGGUUUUGAAAAUAACUCCAAAAUUACUUAUCUAUUUAGUAUCUCUGGUUUUCAUUGGAUUGGUUUUUGGCAGAGCAUUGCUGCGAAUGCUUUAUAAAGAAACUGGAUUGGAUGUUAACAUUGAGGAGACCAUCUCUGAUUUAAGUAUAUCAUUUUGCUCUAUGGAGAGUGUUUAUUUGAACCAAACAUCAAAGGACGGUAAAUCUGAGUUAGUAUAUGUUGGUAACUCAUCAUCAAUCUGGAACAAUGACAUGAAACUAAGAAGUAAGAUUGAAUUUAUCACUGCUGAACUGAGAAAUGGAACCAUCAUAAACAUCUACAAGGAGCGAUCCAAUAUGUCACAGUACAUUCUCUACUCAACAAAUAUCCCAAGGCUCAUCAACUAUUUUGAGAAUUGUCAUACUCUUGACUUACAAUUUGAAGUACCUGUUAAGAAAUUAAGUUUGGUGGCCCAAAAAGAGUUCACUAUAUAUGUACACAAAACUGGGCAACUGCUAAAUAUGGAUUUCAGGCAUGGUUUUAAUUACGUCAACAGCCAAUCCAUGCAAACAAGGAUAGGCCGUGUCUUUGUGUACAGUACAAGACUAAAAUUGAGCAUUGAGCUGUUAAGCCUAGGUGCAGUACAGUAUAAUGCUUAUUCCUUAAAUUCCACUUUUGAUGACUGUGUUUUGGAUACCAUGUCAAAAGAAGAAGAAACAGAAGCAUUCAAACCAACUUCUGUCUUGAAAUUGAAUGAGUUGAGAUUGAAUGAUGUUAACCUUACUGAGUUUGAAUUCAUUAAACUUAGGAAUGGGUUUCAGCAAGGAGAUAUCUACUCCUUUUGUGACUAUCCGUCUGAAAUUGCUAAGAUCAGUUAUGCUCCAGAAGUUGAAGAUAGUAUUUUUCAUCAGGAAUUAAUCAACAGACUGCCAACUCCAUCCAAAGCACAUCAAACUCAGAGAAAUGAAAUUGAGGUUUCCUUCCCUGAAAUUUUGAUUGUGAGCAAGGCUUAUUUUACCUCGGACACUAUUACUCUGUUUGCUGAAGUUAGCGGUUGGGUUGGGCUUAUCCUAGGAUACAGCUUACUGAACGUGGGUCAACUGCUACAAGAUGUUCUGUUGAAGCUGAGUAGGAAACUAUCUAGAUUUAUCUAUUGGAUUGUUUUCCUAAUCCUCUCACUUGGUAUGCUUUACGUUGUUGCAACAUCAAUAGAAAAGGUGAAAGGUAAUCUGACUGGUGCAAAUAUAGGAUUCCAUGAUUAUGACGAGAUUGUAAAUCUUUCUGUCACGGCCUGCCGGAAAAUGACUCUCGGGGAUGAGGGGGAUAGAGUCAGUUCAUUGAUCUCUGUUGAGCAGAAACUCCAAAGCCAAGACUGGAAAAUCCUAUACGAAGCCAAUAAGAAUGAGACUGCAGGGCACAACUCUACUUGGAUUGAUAAGGGGUAUCGGAUCUGCAAAACUUUCAUCUUAAAGGGGAGAUUGUUCACAAGCUAA